GAGUCCUCGAUGAUGCCCUGGAGUCCUGCGAUACCAGGUGUGGGUCCUACCUACGCAAGAGGAGAGUCAAACACAAAUUCUGUGGAGAAUCUUCAAGAGAAAGGCCUGCAGGGAGCUGGAGAGAUGGCUCAGAGACCAAGAGUACCUGUGGCCCUUGCAAGUUCAGUUCCCAGCACCCACAUGGUGGCUCACAACUAUCCAUAACUCCAAUUCUAGGAGAUCCAAUGCCCUCUUCCAACCUCCAUAAGUACCGGGCCGGCAUGUGGUACACAGACAUCCAUGCAGGCAAAACACUUAUACAAAUGAAAUGAAAAUAUUUAGAAAGAGAAAAGACUUCAGAUUUACCAUAGUAGUUUUCCUAGUGAGUAAUUUUGGAAGAGAUGGCCAGUCAGUACCUGGAAGUUGAAUUUAUAUUGUGAAUCUUCAAGAAGUACACACAGAUGUUGAAAUAGAUUCCUGUCAGUGAUUUCACAAACACUGAAAGUGAAAAAAUAUUUAUCUUUGAAGUUCCAAGCCAAAUGGCCAGACAGGUCUCCUCUGUGAAGUUGUGUAAGAAGCCUCUGAGGAAAAAAGUUCUCUUCCUAACUGAAGAAAGAACCGAGAAAAGGAAUAAGCGGGGAGUGUCACCCAUAGACCACUGUUCAGAGAAUCUUCAAGUUAAACUCACAUCUGAUGUAACAGAACCAACCGGUCCUCUGUUGUUCCCUAGUGAGACAACUUGUCAAAAUGUCCAGUUCAAAGGCUCCUUAGUUCCCUCUGACUGUGGUAAAGACAUUCGUAGAUGGAAGCCACCAUUAGUCACCUGCAGUCUUCAGAGAAACCACACAAAGGAACCUGUAACUGUAAUGACUCUGGGAAGGCGCUUAUCCAACCCAGAUGGUCAGCUCACGAAACCCCCCGCUUCAGACAAACUAUACAGAUGUGGUCAGUGUGGUGAGAACUUCACUCAGAACUCAGAACUAACGCUCCAUCAGAGAGACCGCCUGAAAGGAAAAGCCUGUGGGUGUGAGCCUUGUGGGACAGGCUUCACCGGGAGCUUGUCUGCUGCCCACCAAGCAGUCCCCAUGGAUGGGAAACCUUACAAGUGUGACCGGUGUGGGAAGGGCUUCACCAGGAGCUCAAGUCUGCUCGUCCAUCACGCUGUCCACACAGGUGAGAAACCGUACAAGUGUGACAGCUGUGGGAAGGGUUUCAGCCAGAGCUCCAAGCUGCACAUCCACCAGAGGGUCCACACCGGGGAGAAGCCCUACGAGUGUGAGGAGUGUGGCAUGAGCUUCAGUCAGCGGUCAAACCUGCACAUCCACCAGCGUGUCCACACGGGAGAGAGGCCCUACAAGUGUGGGGACUGUGGGAAGGGUUUCAGCCAGAGCUCCAACCUGCACAUCCACCGGUGCGUCCACACGGGAGAGAAACCCUACCAGUGCUGUGAGUGCGGGAGGAGCUUCAGCCAGAGCUCAGACCUGCGAAUCCACCUCAGAGUGCACACUGGGGAAAAGCCCUACCACUGCGGCAAGUGCGGGAGGAACUUCAGCCAGAGCUCCAAACUCCUCAUCCACCAGAGAGUGCACACCGGAGAGAAGCCCUAUGAGUGCAGUAAGUGUGGGAGGGGCUUCAGCCAGAGCUCCAACCUGCACAUCCACCAGCGGGUUCACAGGAAGGACCUUCACUGAGUAAUGAGUCCGCUCAGGGCUUCAGGAUACUUUCAUCGUGAAGAUAAGUGUUUCAUGGCCGAGGGCACAGA